UUGUGUGAGGUGGGUGGAGUGGAUGUGUUCCUCCUCUUUGACACGCAUGGCUGAAGUCGUUUAUGUAAAUGCAUGAAUUUAAUUUUCAAAAGGACGGCCCUUUCCUUUGCCCAAUGAAAAUGAACCGCGGCCGACACCUGGCUAUAAACCCAGGAAGGGAACCCAAAACCCCAAUCAGAAAUCUGCAGAAAAGCACCCACAGAAUCGCAGCAUUGCGCAGGCAGGCAGGCAGGCAGGCAGACGAGCAGCAGACACGGCGAUGACUUCCAGUAAGAUCGAGAUCCCCGGAGAGCUGAAGAGCGACCCCGCUGCUCUCAUGGCAUCCCUCCAGCUGAUGCCCUCGCCGGUGCCCAACCCGGAGAUCAAGCACUCAAAGAUUUUCAUCAACAAUGAGUGGCAGGACUCCGUCAGUGGAAAGGUCUUCCCCGUCCACAACCCUGCUACUGGUGAGCAGAUCUGUGAGGUCCAGGAGGCAGAGAAGGCUGACGUUGAUAAAGCGGUGCAGGCGGCUCGCCUCGCCUUUUCUUUGGGCUCUGUUUGGCGAAGAAUGGAUGCGUCUGACAGAGGAAGACUGCUGUCCAAACUGGCUGACCUGGUGGAGAGGGACAGCGUUUAUCUAGCAACCAUUGAGUCUCUGAACAGUGGGAAGCCCUUCCUGCCCACCCUGUUUGUCGACCUCCAAGCAACCAUAAAGACUCUGAGAUACUUCGCUGGAUACGCAGACAAGAUCCACGGCACCUCCAUCCCAAUGGAUGGAGAGUAUCUGACAUUUACCCGAUAUGAGCCCAUUGGAGUCUGUGGACAAAUUAUCCCUUGGAACUUCCCUCUGAUGAUGACAGCAUGGAAGCUGGGCCCAGCCCUCGCAUGUGGAAACACUGUCGUCCUGAAACCUGCUGAACAGACACCGCUCACCUGCCUUUACAUGGGAGCUCUCAUCAAAGAGGCUGGGUUUCCACCGGGAGUCAUCAAUAUUUUGCCAGGAUAUGGGCCAACAGCAGGAGCUGCAAUUGCUUCGCACAUGGGCAUCGACAAAGUGGCUUUCACAGGAUCAACUGAGGUAGGCAAGCUGAUCCAGGAGGCGGCGGGGAAGAGUAACCUGAAGAGAAUAACACUGGAGUUGGGAGGAAAAAAUCCCAACAUCAUAUUUGCAGAUGCAGAUUUGGAUCUAGCAGUGGAGCAGGCGCACCAGGGUGUAUUUUUUAAUGCGGGCCAGUGCUGCACUGCAGGCUCUCGCAUCUACGUGGAGGAGCCCAUAUACGAUGAGUUUGUGCGGAGGAGCGUGGAGCGGGCCAAAAGGAGGAUAGUCGGCAGUCCUUUUGACCCCACAACUGAGCAAGGCCCACAGAUCAGCCGGGAGCAGCAGAACCGUGUGUUGGAGUACAUCCAGAGUGGCAUCAGUCAGGGAGCAAAGCUGGAGUGUGGAGGCAAAGCUGCAGGCUUGAAAGGGUUCUUCAUUGAGCCCACGGUUUUCUCUAAUGUGAGGGAUGACAUGCGCAUCGCCAGAGAGGAGAUUUUUGGACCAGUCCAGCAGAUCAUGAAGUUCAAAACAAUUGAAGAAGUGAUAGAAAGAGCCAACAACACAGACUAUGGUUUGGUUGCUGCUGUAUUCACCAACAACAUCAACAAAGCCAUGACCAUUUCCACAGCCAUGCAGGCCGGCACCGUCUGGAUAAACUGCUUCAACGCUCUGAGCACGCAGUGUCCAUUUGGAGGAUACAAAAUGUCUGGCAAUGGACGUGAAUUGGGAGAAAGCGGCCUGAAGGAGUACACAGAAAUUAAGACCAUCACCAUGAAGAUGGUCGCCAAGAACUCUUAAGGCAGCUACGCUUUUCUGAGAGAAGGCAGUGUCUUCCUCAUCCCUGCCUCCUGUCAGACCGUCCACCUCGGCAAACCACAGCAACCAUCAAAACUAGCUAUCUUCAUGGUAACUACAGGCUGUUCUCCUUCGCUGCCUGCAGCCCCCGCCCCACACCCCCCGUCAACUCGGCCCAGCAGUCAGCCUUUUCCUGUCCAGCUAUCUCCAGGUCUCAACUGACAACCACUGAACAAGCACCCACUCUGUAUACCUCCUCCACUAAAUACACGAAAGCACUCAGAGACGAUGAGUCAGGCUGCCCCCGAAUAUCAACACCCGUUACCAUUCAUCACACGAUCUUCUCCCCAGAUGCUGGACGCUCAGAGACUCAGUCGCCGCACUUGCAAUAAGCCCUUUUCUAGCGACCUAACAUGUUUUUGGAGCCAGUUCUUCUUUGUAUUGUGCGGUAUGAUUGUCAAAACCUCAUGUGUCAUUGUUUCAUUCAAGACCACUGAUGUUGUCGCCCUCAGACAUGAAUGGAUAAAAUGUUAAUUCAGAAUUAAAAUUGAUUUCUUAUUGUCUGUGUUUAUAUUUUAGCUUAUAUGACCUAACACUGUAUGUAAACCUCUGACCGCCAUGAACGUGAAAGAUUUAAACUCUUAAAGCUUUUUACUCUCACCUGCUAAAAGAGGAGUAGAUGUAUUUUAAACUUUAUGUAACUGAUUUUCAUUGAUGUCCAUCUAUGUUAAUGUUUAUGUUUAUACAAUCAUAUGCUAUAAAAAUAUAAAAUGACUGUAGUUUUUUUUUUUCAGUAAAACAUUUUUGUUCCCUUGAUAAUGUUUGAGUGUUCACUUCAUUAUCAGAGUUCAGUAUCAACGGCCCAGCUGUCUGCUAUCACAGAUUUACAAACGUCCCUUUCCCAGUAUAGCUCUAGCACCAGUCAACAUAGCAGAUAUAUCCAUCAUCUAGACAUCAUUUGUUGAACUGUAUGCUAAAUACAUUGGUCAUGUCAUACAAGUUAAAAUUUAAUCUGAUUUAGUUCAAAGUUCUCCACAAAAUACUUGUCACCACUGACAUAAUGUACCAUAUGUGUUUUGCCAACAGCAGAACCUGCGUUCACUCUCCUGCUGCAACAGACGACUGCUUCUGUACAGUCGCUCUCUCAGUUGGGGGUCGUCCCACUCCAGCCCUCCAUCUGGCUUUGGGGGUGACCUUUCCACUCCUACAAUCCCACAUCUCCAAACAUUUGUUUUAGGCCUGUUUGGCUGAAGACGGAAAGAAAAAUAAUUAAAUUAUGAAUAAACCACUGGCUCGUUCUAAGAAGUUACAUCAACACUAAAGUACACUGGUAUAUUUUUUUCACAACACCAGGCCUAGUCUUGUGUACUCAACUGGUCACAUGCUCUACAUACA